AUGACGGACGACAAACGGAGACCGUCAGACGGACCGACAGACGGGCACCGUCAGGCAGACGGCAAUCGACUGACGGACCGACAGACGGGAACCGUUAGACGGACCUCCAGACGGAGUCCGUUAGACGGACCUCCAGACGGGGACCGUCAUACGGACAGACCAACGGGGAACAUCGUCAGACGAACCAACAGACUGGGAAAGUCAGGCAGACGGAGUCCGUCAGACGGACCGACAGACGGGCACCGUCAGGCAGACGGCAACCGUCUGACGGACCGACAGACGGGAACCGUUAGACGGACCGACAGACGGGGACCGUCAGACGGACCGACAGACGGGCACCGUCAGGCAGACGGCAACCGUCUGACGGACCGACAGACGGGAACCGUUAGACGGACCGACAGACGGGGACCGUCAGACGGACCGACAGACGGGCACCGUCAGGCAGACGGCAACCGUCUGACGGACCGACAGACGGGAACCGUUAGACGGACCGACAGACGGGGACCGUCAGACGGACCGACAGACGGGCACCGUCAGGCAGACGGCAACCGUCUGACGGACCGACAGACGGGAACCGUUAGACGGACCGACAGACGGGGACCGUCAGACGGACCGACAGACGGGCACCGUCAGGCAGACGGCAACCGUCUGACGGACCGACAGACGGGAACCGUUAGACGGACCGACAGACGGGGACCGUCAGACGGACCGACAGACGGGCACCGUCAGGCAGACGGCAACCGUCUGACGGACCGACAGACGGGAACCGUUAGACGGACCGACAGACGGGGACCGUCAGACGGACCGACAGACGGGCACCGUCAGGCAGACGGCAACCGUCUGACGGACCGACAGACGGGAACCGUUAGACGGACCGACAGACGGGGACCACGGGCACCGUCAAGCAGACAGCAACCGUCUGACGGACCGACAGACGGAGUCCGUCAGACGGACCGACAGACGGGCACCGUCAGGCAGACGGCGACCGUCAGACGGACCGACAGACGGGCACCGUCAGGCAGACGGCGACCGUCAGACGGACCGACAGACGGGCACCGUCAGGCAGACGGCGACCGUCAGACGGACCGACAGACGGGCACCGUCAGGCAGACGGCGACCGUCAGACGGACCGACAGACGGGCACCGUCAGGCAGACGGCGACCGUCAGACGGACCGACAGACGGGCACCGUCAGGCAGACGGCGACCGUCAGACGGACCGACAGACGGGCACCGUCAGGCAGACGGCGACCGUCAGACGGACCGACAGACGGGCACCGUCAGGCAGACGGCGACCGUCAGACGGACCGACAGACGGGCACCGUCAGGCAGACGGCGACCGUCAGACGGACCGACAGACGGGCACCGUCAGGCAGACGGCGACCGUCAGACGGACCGACAGACGGGCACCGUCAGGCAGACGGCGACCGUCAGACGGACCGACAGACGGGCACCGUCAGGCAGACGGCGACCGUCAGACGGACCGACAGACGGGCACCGUCAGGCAGACGGCGACCGUCAGACGGACCGACAGACGGGCACCGUCAGGCAGACGGCGACCGUCAGACGGACCGACAGACGGGCACCGUCAGGCAGACGGCGACCGUCAGACGGACCGACAGACGGGCACCGUCAGGCAGACGGCGACCGUCAGACGGACCGACAGACGGGCACCGUCAGGCAGACGGCGACCGUCAGACGGACCGACAGACGGGCACCGUCAGGCAGACGGCGACCGUCAGACGGACCGACAGACGGGCACCGUCAGGCAGACGGCGACCGUCAGACGGACCGACAGACGGGCACCGUCAGGCAGACGGCGACCGUCAGACGGACCGACAGACGGGCACCGUCAGGCAGACGGCGACCGUCAGACGGACCGACAGACGGGCACCGUCAGGCAGACGGCGACCGUCAGACGGACCGACAGACGGGCACCGUCAGGCAGACGGCGACCGUCAGACGGACCGACAGACGGGCACCGUCAGGCAGACGGCGACCGUCAGACGGACCGACAGACGGGCACCGUCAGGCAGACGGCGACCGUCAGACGGACCGACAGACGGGCACCGUCAGGCGGACCGACAGACGGGGACCGUCAGGCAGACCGCGACCGUCUGACGGACCGACAGACGGGCACCGUCAGACGGACCGCCAGACGGGCUCCGUUAGGCAGACGGCAACCGUCUCACGGACCGACAGACGGGGAACGGCAGAUAAACGGGGACCGUCUGACGGACCAACAGACGGGGACCGUUAGACGGACCGACAGACGGGCACAGUCAGACAGACAGACAUACGGGGACCUUUUGACACAUGGCGAAC